AGUGUAUAUAAGUAUUGUGACGUGACCGAAGAACGUAAUACGGAAAAUACUUUUUUGGAGUGAUGUCAAAAGUCAAACUUAGUUCCUAUUUGUAUUUAUAUUAAAAAAAUUAUUUGUUAACAAUUAUCCAAAAUGAAUUCAAUAUUUCGUUCUAGUCUUAUUAAACGAGCUUCAAUUUCCUCAAAACAUUUUAUCGGGAUCGCAAGUGUCAGAAAUGCUUCGUUCAAGGUUCAGGAUGAUAAAGAUUUUUUGGAAAAAGUUGAAAACAGUAAAGAUCUCGUAAUAGUGGAUUUCUUUGCUACAUGGUGCGGCCCAUGUAAAGCUUUAGAGCCCAGGCUGGAAAAUGUUGUAGCUCAAAGAAAAGGCCAAAUAAAUUUGGCCAAAGUUGAUAUAGAUGACUUGGGAGAAUUAGCUGCUAAAUAUGAAGUCAGCACUAUUCCUGCAUUGGUGGUAUUCCAAAAUGGAAAAGUAAAAGAAAGGUUGGUGGGUUUACAAGAUGAAGACAAAUUGAAUCUUUGGAUUGACAGGGUAUUGAAGAAAUGAAAUAUUUAUCAAGUGUUAAUGCUUUAAUUGUAUAUAGGUAAUAGUUAAAAGCCAAUAAUAAAUAUAAAAUAGGCAUGUUUAUA